GCGGUUUAGAGACCGACUUUACAAUUACCUGCGGGCAUUAUGCGUUUGCGGUACACAAGGCCUACUUAAGCGCACAGUGCGAGUAUUUCCGGCGCCUGGACAACUUCAGAGAAGGCCGUAGCCGCUGUCUAGAGCUGCAAGCAGCAGUGAAAGACGAGGAUAUCCUCCGUGGCCGUGAUGACCCCGAUACCAUCCGUAUCCUAGUCCAAUUCGCAUAUUACAACGAUUACAGCCUGGACGAGUCCACCCCUCCUAACCUCAACACAAAAUCGCACUAUCACCUCUCCGACAGCGAACAGGUAAUCUCACCCCACGUAAAAGUCUACGCGGCAGCGUUGAAGUAUCAAUUCCCCUUGCUUGAAAAAGCAUCAAUCGAGAAGUUCAACAAAGCCCUCGGCCGGAACUGUGAGUCAGACGGCGUCAAAGACGCAAUCGAACUCGCGUGCACUAUCCUCCCCAACGAGAAGAAUCCGCUUAGGAAGAGUAUUAUUAAGUUGUUAUCGAGGAGGGAUAUGCUGCUUGAAAAACCGGGGAUUGCGCAGCUGAUUAGGGAUGAUCCGGUUCUGUGUUUUGAUGUUAUGCAGGAGAUGAGAAGCUCCGGUCCCACACAUCCGUAUGCAGAUACGGAUUUGCCGUCUAUGGUGUUUAGGCGGAUGCCGAGGUAGGUGGUGGGAUUUAGGGGGGUAGGUGUUGAUUUAGGGAUGGGUUUUGGUUUGUGGGGCGUUGGAUUUGUGGUUGUUGAGUACGAGAGGUAGAAAAGGAUCGUGGAUAGCUACGCAUGCGA